AGAGAGACAUUUGGGCUGAGGUACCACACCUUCAAGAGCAGCCAAUCUCUGAUCUCCAGAGCUCAGUUGAAGAAGAUUCUGGUAUUUCUAGCAAUGCAGCUGCAGGAGACAGCUAUUUCGCGUCCGAGGCACAAGACAGGCACUGUUGACUUGGGUCAUUCCUGUUAAAUAUUUGGAAAUACAAAAGAACAUCAUUUUAUCAGAGAGCGGCUAUAAAUACAUACACUCCUGUACUACUACAGGUUACUAUUUUGUUUGUGUCUGCUGGAGUGUUGUCCUGUGAAAGUUGGGCAGGAUGACAUUCUUUUUAGCUGAUUCCAACAAGCCCAUUCAGACUGAAAGGAAAAAUUACAAUGGGAUGGAGCCAUGGCGGUCAAAUUGCAUUAUUUCUACAGUGCAGAUGUAAAGAGAGGGUUGACAACACUGGUCUCCUUGCUCUGUCUUGAGCUAGAGACACCAUCAGCUUUCUCUCACUCCUUUUUACAGACCUCUUUCAUCAAUUUGCCUUCUUUGUGCUCCUGGCUGGCUUCCUCUAACUACCAAACAGAGAAAGAACUGGUUUAAAAAACAAAGAUGUCUAGAUCAGAGCUUGGAAAGUUAUUUUUUUUAAAAAAAGAGCCAACUUGUUUAUGUUAAGAACCCGCAUUUGGACUUAAUGGAUGAAGAUAUCCUCUAUCACUUAGACUUAGGGACCAAAACACACAAUCUGCCAGCCAUGUUUGGUGACAUAAAGUUUGUCUGCAUGGGUGGGAGCCCAAACAGAAUGAAAGCUUUUGCUGAGUUCAUGCAUAAAGAACUUGGACUCAAAGGAGAUGCCAAAGAUGUGACAGAUAUUUGUGCUGGGACAGAUCGGUACUGCAUGUAUAAGGUUGGCCCGGUUCUCUCCAUCAGUCAUGGAAUGGGUGUUCCUUCCAUUUCCAUCAUGCUUCAUGAACUAAUCAAAUUGCUACACCAUGCAAAAUGCUGUGAUGUUACCAUUAUACGCAUCGGUACUUCAGGGGGAUUAGGGAUUGAUGCCGGCUCUGUUGUAAUAACAGAUAAAGCAGUGGAUUCAUUUUUUAAGCCGCAGUUUGAACAGGUGAUACUGGACAAUGUGGUUGUACGAAGCACUGAAUUGGACCAAGAGCUGGCAGAAGAAUUACUAGAAUGCAGCAGAGAGAUAGAGGAUUUUCCAACACUUGUCGGCCAUACAAUGUGCACCUAUGAUUUUUAUGAGGGUCAGGGACGAUUAGAUGGAGCAUUGUGCUCAUUCUCCAAUGAGAAAAAGCUAGAGUACUUAAAAAGAGCAUACGAUGCUGGAGUUAGAAACAUAGAAAUGGAGUCUACUGUAUUUGCCGCCAUGUGCAGGCUUUGUGGCCUUAAAGGUAAGUCAGAGGGCAUAUUUAUUCUCUUUUGCUAAUGCUUCCUCAGGGCCACCCACCCCCUAAUCUCUCGUAAGCACAAAGUACUUAAUUGAUGUUUUACUGUCUCUGUAACACCAGUUUACUUAAGAUUUUACCUUGCUAGCUGUCCAUACUUUUCAGUUGCGGUGGAUAAUUUUCAAUAACAGAAAACAUGUGUCUGGACUAUAACAUUUUCUACUGAAAAGGGGGGUUCAUGAUUGAAUGUUCUUCCCUACAAUAUAGACAUACACACACACAUAUAUAUCUAUAGAUAGAUGACAUGUUGAGAGGGCCCACAGGAGGCUAGCGAUCUGUGGGUUUGAGCAUUCAUGGCUUGCCAUGCUCCAUGUUAUUCAGUGGCAGCAUAUGUCUACAGAUGUGCUGACACAGGUCUGUGUGUGUUGCUGCCCACUGAAUAAUAUGGAGUGUGACUGUCCACAUUUUUUCCCAUCUGCAGGGGACCUGGAACUGAACCCCUAUGGAUGCGAUGGGUCCACACUAUUAAGAGUGUAUCAACACUACACAGUUAAAGAAAUCUGAUACAACUUUAACUAUUAAGGCUCCAAACUGUGGAAUCCAAGGAUUUGAUGUUUGAUGAAGUAUUUAGAUUUCUGUGCUUACACAGCUCUUAUGCUAUAGCCUAGUAUGAUAUGAGAAUUCUAAGGACUUCCCCAAACUAGAUUUCCCAGCAACCAAUGUGGUAUUACUGUUGUUGCUGCUCUAGCACUGUAACAUCGGCACAUGGAUGGAUUCAGUUAUGGUUUUGGAAUACAGCUUCAGAAUCCCACACCAGGGGACUUAUCACACA